CCCAGGUUCAAGUUCUAGGGCACCAGAGAAAAUAGUGGCCAAACAACCCAGUUUGCCUCAUCCCCGCCUGCAAGAAAAAACUCAGGUCUAGCACCAAGUAACUUCCUGGAGCCCGAAGGUGGCAGCGGUAGACACCACUUUCCCCUCACCAAAACCCUAACUUGGUCUACUUUCAAGUUUGUUUCCUCCUCGGUCCUAGAUGGAGGAGGGGGGGGGGGGAGUUAGGAAGCUGUCGGGAGAUGAGGCCUCUCCACUUCCAGGGGCAGAGGACGCCAGGCAGGUUGCCGGGGCAAGGACUGUGCGGGAGAGCACAACUGUUGGCGGAAGCUCUCCCACGACCCAGCGACUGGUAACAGCGAUGGGGAUGCGAAUGGGGAGUUAUGGGGAGCGAUGGGGAGCACGGGUCAAGGCCGUUACAGCCCCAGAGUGAGAGCACGCUGCUCCAGCGCCCCCAACCGAGACAAACACAGAUGCCCUGCACGGCCCACGCAGCUGCCUGGAAAGAGUCCCGCGCCUCUCCAGCCUGGCGGUGGCCGCCCGGCCCCUCCCUCCGCGUUCGCCGGCGGCUGUCUGAAGGCGCCGCUGGGCCCAAAAAGAGUCGCCUGGGUCUGGGCAUGGAGGGCGCGGCGGGCGACCCGUACCGGCGACCCGCGCGGCGCACGCAGUGGCUGCUAAGCGCUUUGGCUCACCACUACGGGCUAGACCGCGGCGUGGAGAACGAGAUCGUGGUGCUGGCUACGGGUCUGGACCAGUAUCUGCAGGAGAUCUUCCACCAUCUGGACUGCCGGGGCGCCGGGCGCCUACCGCGCGCCGACUUCCGCGCACUGUGUGCUGUCCUGGGACUGAACGCCGACGGGGAGGCGACCACCGAAGACGCAAACUCUGCGGAGGCGGCCGCUAAGGACUCGGCUGCGGGAACAGUUGCCGGUGGGGACGCGGACGUCAGGGAAGAGGCGCGCCUGGCUCUGGGCGCCGACCCUCCCGAACUAACUUUCCGCCAGUUCCACGCACGCCUCUGCGGCUACUUCAGUACCCGAGCGGGGCCCCGGCUGCCCCGCGGAGCUCUCAGCGAGCACAUCGAGACGCAGAUCCGCCUCCGCCGCCCGCGUCGCCGCCGCCGCCGGCCUGGCUCGCCGAGCCUGCACGGCGGCGCCAGUGGAGAGCUUGUGGCGCAUCUGGAGGAGGAAAACAGCAGCCUCCGCGAGCUGGUGGAGGACCUCCGCGCUGCGCUGCAGAGCAGUGAUGCGCGCUGCCUGGCCCUGCAGGUCGGCCUCUGGAAGAGCCAGUCGGACAUCCCGGAAGCAGCAGCACACAAACUGCAGCGCGCGCAGGGAGAGCUGGCAGAAGCAGAGGCGCGCGCCCGGCGGCUGCAGCGCGGUCAGGUGGAGGUGCGGCUGCGCACCGAGGAGGCCCGCCAGGCGGUGCGGCGCAGCUUGCACCGAGUGCGGGAGCUGGAGGCGCUGGCGCGGCGCGUUCCCCGCAUGCAGCGCCAGGUGCAGCGGCUGGAGGCGGAGCUCAGACGUUACAGGUCGGAGGGACCUUGGACCCUAAACCCCCCACAAGCCAGUGUACAUUCAGGAAACAAGAAUGGAGAACCUGAGACUAGAGGAACCAGAGAAGAGGACGCCGCUCCAGGGGGAGCCCAGCAGUCAGACUCCUGCUCAGGGAGCAGAGACACAGAUGAAGUUCCUAGAGGAUGUGUCUCCCCAGCAGAGGAUGAGCAGCUGUUCCGCUCCGUGGAAGGCCAGACCGCCUCUGAGGACGAAGAAGAAAAUUGUCAGGAACAGUCCAGGCCCCCACAGGGCCAAGCUGAGGUAUCUCUGGUGCAGCCCUCAGGCUGUGAGAGUAGGUGUGAUGAACAGGCAGCUGAGAAGCUCAAGACUCCCUUCGGCCGCUGUGAUGGUGCUGACCACGUCCAUAACCUAGAGCUGGAGACCCAUGUCACCAGGCUCGGGGAACAACUGCAGACCCUCGGCUGCAGUGGAAAGACCCUGGGGACACCGGAGGAGGAGGCAGAACCACAGCAGACCAUGGAGACGACCGAGCAUCUGAGGCUGGAGCUGCAGAUGGUGGAGACAGAGCGGGUGCGCCUGUCGCUGCUCGAGGAGAAGCUGGUGGAUGUGCUACAGAUCCUGCAGAGGCUCCGGGACCUGAAUAUAUCAAAAAGAGCCCUGGGGAAGAUUUUGCUGAAUGCCCUGGACCGGAGCCCCUCACAGGAGGGUACACGUGGCACCUUGGCCAUCCUGGACACCUUGCACCAAGCCUUGGUUGGCUGUGAACUCCUGCAAAGAAACCCCUCAGUGCCAGCAUCCACAGCUCCUGAGCACAUGAACCCCUUCCCCAUCUCCUGCUGAGCUCGCUGGCCCUGCCUUGGACCACCAUGUUCAUCCUAACCAUCAUCAGACCAGCCUUGACCACAACCAGACUUGCCUCCCUGGUCAACCUGACGACUAUGGGACUAGCUUUGGCGAUCACUGGACCAACCUUCACAGACAGACUGACUGUCAUCACUGUGGCCUCCUCAGUUAUCCCAAGCACCAUCAGUGCAGCCUCCAUGGUCCGCCUGACCGCUGUUGGACUGUCUUCUACUGUCUGAAUGCUUGCCACAAACGGUCUGACUGUUGUCACUUCUGCAGAGCUCUGGUAGCCAAGGCUCCUUCCAAAACUGGGUCUGGCAGCUGCUACUUCCUGGGGCCUCUCACAGUCUCACAGAACCCCCACACUGAAUCCCUGCAGGUGCUAGAUCAGCCUGUACUUAAGGCUGUUGCCCUUACGCUGGGCACAGUACACAGUACAUUGAAAAUCUCUGCCCUGCUUGCUCCAGCUCAUUGCCCAGUUCUUUGACCUGCUCAGGAAGGGCCAGUUCUGCACCUUGCUCAGGCUACACGUGUGUUAGAACUUCGUGUGGACAGAUGUGCAAGGAGGCACUCCAGAGCCCAGGCAAUGGGAACCCACACUUUGGCAAGUCUAACUUUGUGAGCUCUGCUAUGACCUCCCAGGAAAGACAGAAGAAAAUCACGGAAUGCUUCUGGGGGACGAGGCACAUGACCAGUGUGGGAUACAACAAGUGCACCCUGGGUUUUAUUUUUCUGUGUUUCUGCUGCCAGGGAUGCCCCAGCACUGCAAGAGCUCCCCCACCAAGCACACCCUUCACCUCUUUCUGUUCUUUUCCUGCCCUUUUGCUGGAGCAUGGCAGGCACAGGUUUCAUCAGAACCCUGACAAACUGAGAGAAGGAACAUUCCUGCAGCCAGAUCCCCCAGCUGGCCUGUCCCAGCCAAGUGAGAGGAAACCAGGGCAGAGUUCAGGCCGACCAAAACAGCCACGAUCACAGGUGCUGUGUUUAGCUCUGUUGUUUUACACAGGCUCAUGGAGAGAAGGAACCAGGAAGGCUUUGCUAUUGCGGGGCCUGGGAAGCUUUGGUGCCCAGGAAGCAGCACAGUUAUUGAAAGUGGACUUGGGUUAGUUGUAGAGGGAUAUUGUGGACGUUGAGACAAAUACUAGGAAAAGAAGGAGGGGCAGUGAUACACUAGAAAAAGAGAGAGUGAUAUUAUAGAAACUACUUAAUCAAAACCACAAAUGGCAGACUAAGGAGCCAAAGACAGAACAAAAGUUAUUAAACAUAAACAGUAUGUAAGACAUCAACUCCCCCAUCAGCAUCAGACAUCAACCCCCCCCGUCAGCAUCACCCCUAAACAAUAGUGGUCUCAUUACAAUAACCAAAAUAUCGGAAUUCUCAGACAAAAAUUAAUACAAAUGCAUAGUGAUGCGCUCCUUUAACCAUAGCACUCAGAAGACAGACGCAGAUAGAUCCCUGAGUUUGAGGCCAACCUGAUCUACAUAGACCUUGUCUCAAAAAUACAUAUUAACAGAGCUUCAGGAAACAGAUGAGUCCACUACUGUAGUUGCAGACUUCGACAUACUUCCAUAAGAAAUGGACACACCCCGCAUGUAUGGCAUCAGUAAAGCUGAACACACCAGAGCCAACAACCAGAUGGGUUCAACGCCACAGACUGCUCGUCCCACACUGGCACAAAUGCAUCCUCUUCAAGCUCAGACAGCAGCCUUCACAUUCCGGCUACAAACCUCCUCAGCCAAUCAAACUAUGGAAACCAUGCAACUCUCUCAAGAGACAGCAAAAUCAACUUGUAAGAGAAAGACAGCUUGGAAAUCCAUAAAUGCUUAAAGAUUGAAUAACAUGUUUCUACAUUAAAUACAUAUCAAAGAAGAAUUUUCUAGAGUGAUUUUAAAACCCUUUUUGGCUAAAUGAAAAUGGAAACAUCAGAACGAAUGGGACACAAGAAGAGCGGAGCUCAGAGGGAGGGCACGGCAAGGGAGUGAGCAUAUCAGCAAAGUCAAUGCUCCGCACCUCAGGAAGCUUCAGAUGAAGAGCAGACUGUAAGGCCAACUUGAUAAGUGAAUCCCAAUUUGAGCUAUAGAAUCAAUUCAGAGUAUAGAUUUGAAAAGAAUAAAGAUUAAAGCAGAAAUCAGACUCAAAAUAGCAUAUCAGAAAAGAAAAUCAACAACGUCAAAACUGGUUCUUGGGAAAGAUUGCAGAAGUGGUUAAUAAAAGCAUCUUGCAGGGGCUGAAGAGAUGGCUUAGUGGUUAGGAGCACUGGACGCUCUCUCAGAGGACCCAGGUUCAAUUCACAGCACCAGCACGGCAGUUCACAGUUGUAGGUAACUCCAAUUCCGGGGGAUCUGGCACCAAUGCCUGGUCUACAGAGCUAGUUCCAGGCCAGGCUCCAAAGUCACAGAGAAACCCUGUCUCGAAAAACCAAAAAAAAAAGUUUAAAAUAUUUAUUUUUUUACAAAUAAACUUCUCUCCAGGCUAAUCAAAGAAAAGACAGAAGAGACACCUUAUUAAUACCAGCGGCAAAGGAGGAAUGUCAUUACAGGACAGAUCUCAACAGAACUUAACACACAGAGUUAAGUGUGACUGUAAAUGAGCCUUGUGAGCCAAUGAAAGGGACCCAUUCUUUGAAAAACACAUAAAGCCACACAUGAAGAAACACUCUGAUAGGUAUUGGAUAAUACAGUUAACAAUUAACAAAACAAAAAUAACAGGCCUGGGACAAGCUCUCCAGCACAUUCUACACUGACCUGUAAGAAAAGGGCUGUACAAAUCAUCUAGUCUCUUCCAGAAAACAGGAGCAGGCCUUCUUUGCAGCCCCUCUACAAGCCCAGGAUUGUCAUCACGCCAGCAAAUAUCUCAAACAAAGAAGAGCAAAAUGCCUCCUAAGUACGGGGCCAAAAAUAUUCAGCAAAAUAUGAGCAAGUCACAGGCAACAGCGUGAGCUGGAGACAGGCAUUUGCCUUCACACGGGACCUGCUUCAAUCUCCAGCACAAAAAGAAAAAACAAGAACUGCUCACCUUACCCCCAGUGGAACUGACGCACUGUUGUAUCGGAAAGAGGCUGGAGCCCAUGGCAGCUUCCAUGACCUUACAGACAGAGGUGCUGAUACUCCGCCCUUCCUGGGCCUUCAGAGCUUGCCGAUUGAAGCCUGUCAUCUUUUCCCUCACCCAGGGUGCAGAGUCCUUGAAUAUGGAUGGGACCUGAGCACAGGCCUGAUGCUCCCAGCCAAGGACAAAGUUCAGGGUGAGGUGACCCCAGAAUUUUCCCUGGAUGCAGACCGGGGUCAGGGCCAGCGCAAGCAGCUGUGAGUGGCAGAAAACGGUGUGCUACGCCUCACAUCCACACCCCAGUGACAAGGACCCUACCCACUUCCAAGCGGCUCAACAGCAGAGCCCAGCAUGCCUGAGCAAGGCCCGACUCCGCCCACUUGAUCAGCCCGAGGACCUUCACAGAGCACAAGGCCUGAGAUGCUCCGAGGGAAGCAGAAAGGAAGGGGCUGCCCAGGGAGAGGGAUGUUGUACAGCCACUGGGCCCUUGGCCACCACGUCUCCAGAGAGCAGCUGUCAUGGAAAUCUCAGUGUCAACUUGCGUCAAAAGUAGUAUAUGUGAAGGGGUCCACUCAAACAGACCCUCCCCUGACACUAAACCCAAAAGUUGGUUUAAAAAAAAAAAAGUUAGUUGGUGGAUAUUGAGCCCCAGAACCCUAACCCAAAGUUCCCUUUACUUCCUGUGAGUCCUGGGGAUCACUGUGCACCAACUAACUCCUCGGUCUGCGGCUCAAUACAACUGCUGUCUUCUUCUUUAUUGAAAAAAUUAUAGGCCAUUUAAUUUUUAAUCCAUAUUAACAAGGUUUUCCAUGUAUGUAUGGUAAUGUAACUUAUAUCCAAAGAUUAAUUCAUAUUUUUUCACUUAUUUUACAAACCAUGUAUUGCUGAGAACAUUCCAGGCCUGAGGCAUGGUAAGUGAGUAGGUAGGAAUCUCUGUGUAGUCAUCAGAUGACAAAGUUUGGAAGCAGGGGAAAUUCAGUAACUAUACUCUAUUUGCACACUUUUGUUUCUAUAUUGGUACAAUAAAUAAUGCCAGACAAUGACUGUAGAAAGUCUACAAAGACACAAAAUCGAUUCUAAUAACACCAAAAUAAUGACCUUUAUAAAUAACCUGAUACAGGUCAAUUUCAAUUCAAUAACUUAGAAAAAUAAAGCUAGUGUUUCCUAUUUUUUCAUGCACAAAAGCAAAGUAAUGGUUGGAGCGUAUGCAAUUUAUAUAUCUUAGAAAAGAAGAUAAAAAAAUUAUUAAUCCUUUUCAAUGCAAUCUGUAAAUACAUUAACUUAA